CAACAACGGAACUACAUUCUCUCUCCACUAUGCUGAAACGAAAAUUGUUCAAUGUUGCAAACCUCGGAAGUUGGGCAAAGUCACUCGGACACUCAGGAAACAAAGAAAAUGAAGUCCCAAUGACAAUCAAUGUGUCCGAGUCUCCUCCAUCCAGUCCGAAGAAGAAAAAGACGAGAGUAGCAGUUACUGCAGUAUUGGAUCCUCCUCCCUUUGUGCUACCAAUAAUACAGCCAUCUCCGAGUCCACUUUACGAGUCUGAGCUUGAGCAUGCCAGGAUAAAUACUGUAACAGGGUUCUACAAGCCCUCACCCACUGUCGAGGAGGCACACUUAGCCUUCAAUGAUAUCAAAAGAAUUCUUAGACCACCGAAGAAGACUGCUGGCUACCAAGACCCUAAGCUAGACUCAGUCUUUCGUCGCCGACUCGAAGGGAUGAAACAAUUCUUAUUAGGCAAGCGGAGUCCCCCAGUUUCAUACUCGGGGGAUGAAAGGCUUGAAGAGAUGCGCUCGAGUGAAAACUCGAAGGGACGCGCUCGAAUGAAAGAAAACAUAUUUCUAAGACGAAAAGAAAACGAUGUAAGUGACGAAGGCACGAUGAAAGAUGCUAAUGGGCUAUUUUUUUUUUUUUUUAAAUAUUUUCUUUAUUUUGUCUUCUUU